AUGUAUUGGAGCCUUUUUAUAUUGCAUUUAACUUCAGCUUCAAUUUCAAUUGACAUAGAAAAAAUCCACAAACCAAUAGACGAGCUUUUGCUGGACUAUAAAGAAUCCAAUGAAAAAUUGCAAAGAAUCUCUAAUCAAGAUAAAAAUUAAAUAAAAUGGUCAAAGUAGCUUUAUAAUAGGAUUUUGCAAUUAAGCUAAGGAUUGAUAGGAGCACGAAAUUAUAAUUAUAAAUUAAUUAAAUUCAAUCAAGAUCUUUUGCGCUCACCAAAAAGUUACAUUACAAAUCACCUAAAUGUAAAAAUCAUAUAGACUCAAUAUUACGGCAAAGUUCACAUUGGAACCCCUUCAUCUACAUUUAAAGUUCUUUUUGACACUGGAAGUUCUUGGCUUUGGGUCACAAGCAAGGGUUGUGAAUUCUGCCACGAGUGCAAGCAAUUUGACUAUGAGGAAUCAUCCAGCUAUAUUUCGAACGAUACUUAUAUUACUUUAGAUUAUGGCCAAAGCUCAGCAUAUGGAGUAGUUAGCACCGAAAGAGUGAGGAUUGGCGAUAAUACCGCAUUACAAGCCAUUGACCAAUAUUUUGUCUUAUCUUUUUUAUAUAAAUUUUAAUUAAAAAUCCAUAUAAUUUUUUUAUAAUACAAUUUAUUUUAUAAAAAAGGUUAGCUGUCUUCGACAUCGAGUUCGAAAAUCUUCAUGCAGAUGGUAUUUUAGGCUUAGCGUUCUCAGGGCUCAGCAAAGGAACCAGUCCUUUAAUCCAAACUCUUAGAAGACAAGGAGUGAUCCGAAAUGCUAGAUUUUCUAUAUACUUAAAUGAUAAUGAUUUCGAGGAAGAAGACGUCAGCCCACGCUCUGCUAUGAUCAUUGAUGGGUUUGAUCUCCAUAAAUACUCAACAGUAACAAAAUUCACUUAUAUAGACCUAGUAAAAGGCUACCACUGGGAAGUUCCUUUAUCAUCACUCAAUUUCGGCUCAAACACAAUUGCAAAAAAAGAAACAGCAAUUAUCUCAACCGGAGAAAGCUUAUUGCUUGGCCCAAAAUCUGAUGUAGCAGCAAUUUAUAAUACUCUCCAGAAAAGCUUUGGCUGUUAUAAUGGACCUUUUGGGUUUUUAGAAUGCCCUUGCAACACCAAAAAACUAUCAAAUUAUUUCCCUGACUUGACUUUUUACCUUGGAAAUUACCCAUUUGCAGUCCCAGGAAAAACUUAUGUAUUAGCGGCAAACGAUACUUGCCAAAUUUUAAUUCAGCCGAUUGAUUCAACGUAUUGGGUAUUAGGUGACGUUUUUAUCAGAAAUUGGUAUAUAAAUUUUGACAUGGAUAAAGCCAGAAUUGGUUUUGCCAAAGCAAAACCAUCAGGGAAAAAAGCAGACGAAGAAGCACAUUAUGACUGACUUUUGAUUUUGAUAGUGGUCGGGUCUUGUGUUGUAGUCAUCAGCAAUGCAAUUGGAUGCUAUAUUUAUUGCAGAAAUAGAAGAAAAGGUGCAGCAUUUACUCAAAUCGGAGGACUGCUUCCAGAGCACAAUAUAGAAGAGGAAAAAGAGGACGAAAUGCCUAAAUUUUAA